AAUGGUCACGAUGCCUCUUUUAAGCGCGAUCAGUGGAACGCUACUCCCAGACAGCCCGGAACCAUAAGUUGGGAUGCCUAGCGUUUCCUCGCGGACUUUCUAAGGAAGCACUCCCCCCCCCCCCAGGAGGGGGGACUGGAAUAUCCGAUACGGUUCCGGCGAGAGCGACUGGAAAGGCACUUCCGGUGUCUGUUGCCAAGGCGCCGGCCGGCCCACGGGCCGAGAGGGCGACUUUAGUGGCGUCGCCCUCUGCCCCCUUCCCCGGGGGCGAGAUGUCGGGGCUCAGCCACCUAGAGACGGAGGGCUGCCGGAACCUGCUCGGCCUGCUGGACAAUGACGAGAUCAUGGCCCUGUGCGACACCGUCACCAACCGCCUGGUGCAGCCUGUGGACCGCCAAGAUGCUAUUCAUGCAAUAUUAGUUUACAGCCAGAAUGUAGAAGAACUUCUGAGGCGCAAAAAAGUCCACCGAGAAGUCAUAUUUAGGUAUUUGGCAACACAAGGGGUGGUUGUACCUCCAACUACUGAAAAACACAAUCUUAUUCAGUAUGCAAAAGAUUACUGGGAAAAACAGUCACCAAAACUGAAGGAGACAGCAGAACCAGUUACAAAGACAGAGGAUAUCCAGCUCUUUCAACAGCAGGCAAAAGAAGAUAAAAAAACUGAAAAGAUUGAUUUUCGUCGCUUAGGAGAAGAAUUCUGUCAGUGGUUCUUUGAGCUUCUUAAUUCUCAGAAUCCUUUUAUGGGGCCACCUCAGGACGAAUGGGGCCCGCAGCACUUCUGGCAUGAUGUCAAGCUUAGGUUUUUUUAUAGUACCUCAGAACAAAACGUGAUAGACUACCAUGGAGCAGAAAUCGUGAGCCUUCGUUUACUGUCUUUAGUGAAAGAGGAAUUUCUUUUUCUAAGUCCCAACCUCGAUUCUCAAGGACUAAAAUGUGCUUCUUCUCCUCAUGGAUUAGUUAUGGUCGGAGUUGCAGGGACUGUCCACAGAGGAAAUACUUGUUUGGGCAUAUUCGAGCAAAUUUUUGGACUUAUCCGUAGCCCUUUUGUGGAAAAUACUUGGAAAAUCAAAUUUAUCAACCUGAGAAUUAUUGGAGGAGGUUCCAUUGCUCCUGGAACAUCACUGAAACCAUCUGUUACAUUUGAACAGAGUGAUCUGGAGGCCUUUUAUAAUGUAGUCACCUUGUGUAAUAGCGCUGAAGGAAGACCUAAUGUAAAGCAGACAUUGGAUAGUGGAACUGGAGACCAGGUUUUAGGUAGUGGAGAUGAGGCGUUGUUGAACAAAAGGGAACUGAAUUUGCCUAACCCUCCAAAGCACUGAGCACCAUUCAUCAGCUGGAAGUCACUGCGGAAACCCUUCCCAGCACAACGCUGAUCGUCUCUAAGUGAUUGCCGACGUGAGGAUUGACGUAUUUUAGCUGAAAUACCUUUCUGGACUCCAAACUAAUGUGGAUAUUUGCUAUUUCUACCCGAGUUACAGCAAAUGUUGUGAGAACUUAUUGCAGUCCAUCAAAUAAAUCCUACUUGAGAUGUGGAUAACUGUGUGCCUUAGAAAUCAUAGGUAUUAUUUUCAUUUAUUUAGUGAAAGCUUACAAUCUCUGAACCUCCAAGUGGCAGCAAUUAGUAGUAGUCAUGGCUUAUUGGAUAUCUUACAAAUGGGUCUUACUAAAGUGCUAUCUGAAAAAUAAAAACAAACCAAAAAGUAACAUUUUAGAGAUGCUUAGUAUAGUGUUACUAAUUAUAUAAAAUAUGAAUAAUUUACUUGUGCAAAGAGUCCAAUAAUUUAUCCUGGGAAGAAAAGCUUAUACUUCUUUUUGAAGCGUCUCUUUCAAAUUAUCUGUUCUAGUCCAAGCAAAUUAUCUCAAAAUCUACUUUGUUCAACUAUUUUGGGCAGCAAACAUUGUUUUCAGCACAGACCUUAUUACUACUUAGGCUUCAGCCAACAGUUUUAUAGAACAUUGACUAUGAUACCCUAAAGAUGGAAACUGUGCUUUGAACAUUUAAAGGUGUGCACCAUUCCUAGGAAUCAAAUUACUGUUCUUCCCUACUGAUUGUGGCAGAGGUUGAUUCUCCUCAAAAUAGAAACAGAGCCCCUUUAGAACUUACUACAUGGCUGUGGAAAUAUGCAUACAUGUAGCCUAAAAAAGGUUUUCACCUCUGUGUUACUAGAUUUGAGAUCCAAAGUUGAUUUGCCAGGUUAGAGUUUAAAUUUCUCAUCACCUAGUAACUAUUUGCUGAUCCUGGAUUUGGUUAAAAAUUUUAGUUUUUAAAUUACUAUUUGAAAAAAUAUCUGGAAAAUGUUAUGGUUUAUUAUACUUGUUAAUUUUUAUAUUGAACUCCGAUAAUUUAGGGUGAUUGGUUAUGAAUAUUGGAAGAGGUAAGCAUUCAUUCACACCUCCCCUUUUGUUUUAGUGGCAUGUCUCUAUGAAGAGCACAAAUCAGUGUGUUCUAACAUAAGUUAAUAAAGAUGGGAAAUCCUUUUUGUCUGUAUUAGAAUAGUAAACUGGUCCCAGCCCCACAGUUCUUAAGGAGAGCUUUAGGCAGUUUAACACCACAAAGUUGCUUUUCCUUUAUGUAUAUAGUCAGCAUAUUAUAAAGAAACAGCAGCCCACAGAACGGUUACCGUGUGUUCACAAGGUAAGGCAACUAGGUCACUCUGCUUCUCCUCGGGUUUGAAAACUUAGUUUGAUUUUAUACUCAUUUAGGUUUUAAGGAUUAAGUUAAAUAUCCUGAGAAAAGCAUGAGAUGAAAAAACUAUCCUUGUUCUAUUUGUGUCAGUACUAUGGAACUCUUCACUUAUCUUCACUAUUGAACCUUUAGAUGUAUAAAAACACUAAGAAAGGCUCAGAUUUCUACACAUAGUUUUAAGUCAACUUAAAUUUGAUAUAUUCUUGAUUGAGAGGAUUGGCUGCUUUUUGGGGUUAUCUCUGCAUCUGGGCUCAAAAUAGAUCCUCAUAUUGCAGGGAAGUAAUAAAUGAGCAAAACACUAGGUGGGGAGGUUUCAAGUUUGGUCUUCCACCCCAAGAAUUUUUGGUCACAUUGAUUUAAUAUGUAGAUGUACAAAAAUGUAGACCUUAUUACUCAGAUUUAAGAGAGUUGUAUUCGGGUUGGUGGGAAUAUUGGUGACUGAGACAGUGUAACAAAUAUAUAAGGAACUAAUAUGAAGAAAAUGUCCAGAGAAAGAAAUCUAGAACUGAAAUUUGUUGAAGAAGCUUGGAACCAAAAGGAAGUGCAAACAUUGACUUCCUUGGCCCACCACCAUGGCAUCAGUUGAAGCAAGCUAUAGGUUCUUUUUGCUAUAUUCUACCUAGCUAAUACUUGGAAAAUCUGGCACAUACAAUGCUUCUCAUAGACUAUGAACUGAUUGGCAUACUGCCUAGUUUUAUAUUAAGUUGACGCAGCUAGAGUCUUUCAAGAGGAGGAACCUCCAUUGAGAAAAUGCCUGAUAAGAUUGGGUUAUAGACCAGUCUGUAGAGCAUUUUCUUAAUUAGUGAUUGAUGGGGAAGGGCUCAACCUAUUGUGAGGGAGCCACCCCUGGGCUGGUGGUAAUGGGUUCUAUAAGAAAGCAGGUUGAGCAGGCCAGUAGCAACUCUCCUUCAUGGCCUCUGCAUCAGGUUCUGCCUCCAGGUUCCUGCCCUGCUUGAGUUCCUUUUCUGACUUCUUUCAUGAUGAAUAGUGAUGUGGAUGUGUCAGCCAGGCUGACACAUGUUGCUUUGAUCAUGGGAUUUUUAUUACAAUACUAGCCCUGACUAAGACAA